UGUAGCACCAUGCCAGGGGGGGAUAUGAAGACACCCCUGCUGGUAGAUACAGGCUCAGACAGUCCAGAGCCCCCGGGCCAUAGCCCUGGAGACCCCGUGAUUGGCAUCAUAGGCUCAGGAGAUUUCUCCCGCUCCCUGGCUCUUCGUCUGGUGGCCUCAGGUCUCCGUGUAUUCGUAGGCAGCAGGAACCCAAAGCGUAUUGCCAGAGGACUGUUCCCUGAUGGGAUAGAGUUGAAAUCCCAGAUGGAGGCCGUUGCUGGUGCAGAGAGGGUGAUCUUCACUGCCCUCUACCCAGAGCACUACCACACCCUGGUGGGAUUGAGGGACGUUUUGGCCGGGAAAGUGCUGGUGGAUGUAAGCAACGCCACAAAGGUGAACAGCGGAGAGCUGUCAAAUGCCGAGAGGCUGGCAGAGCUCUUCCCACAGUCCAGAGUGGUGAAGGGAUUCAACGUCAUCUCUGCCUGGGCCCUACAGGCUGGAGCUCAGGAUGGUAACAAGCAGGUUUUGAUAUGCAGUGACUGCCCUGACUCCAAAGCCACGGUGAUCCAGCUUACCCGUCGUAUGGGUUUCAGCCCGUUGGACCUCGGGGGCCUAUCAGCCUCCAGGGACAUUGAGGAAGUCCCCCUACACCUCUUCCCAUCUUGGGGAGGCCCCAUCCUGACCAUUUUCCUCCUUUUCCUCUUCUUCUAUGGGUACAGCUUCCUCAGGCAUGUGCUCUUACCCUACCUCGCGCAUGGUGAGAACAACUUCUACCAGCUGCCGCUGGAGAUUGUGAAUCAGACUCUGUCUGCGGUUGCCCUGGUCGCACUAGCAUCGGUGUAUCUGCCAGGUUUGUUUGCUGCCCUUCUCCAGAUGAGCAGGGGAACCAAGUAUAAAAGAUUCCCAGGAUGGCUGGACUGCUGGAUGUGCAGACGUAAGGAGCUGGGACUGUUAAGUUUCCUCUGUGCGGCGCUCCAUGCCGUCUACAGUAUGUGUCUGUCACUACGCAGGGCUGCUGGAUACACACUGCUCAAUACCGCCUACCGCCAGGUGAAAGCAGGCGUUGAGAACUCCUGGGUGGAGCAGCAGGUUUGGAGGUCAGACCUCUACUUGUCCAGUGGCAUUCUGGGACUUGGAGUUCUCACUGUGCUGGCUCUCACUUCUCUACCCUCUGUAGGAAACGUACUCAACUGGAGGGAGUUUACUUUUGUGCAGUCAGGACUUGGUUACAUUGCCUUAACCCUCUCUGUUGUGCACGCUCUAUUCUUCGGGUGGGACUUUGCCUUCUUCCCGUCGGCCUACCCGUAUUACCUCCCUCCUGUGUACCUCCUGGCCCUGAUCCUGCCAUGUGUAGUGCUGGUGGGUCGGGUCUUCCUGGCACUGCCCUGCCUGGCAUUUAGACUGGCAAAGAUCCGCCGGGGUUGGGAGAGCUCACGACACCAUCUGGCCCAGACAGAUGAGGGAGAAUCAUCUGGUAUUGUUCCACCUUCAGACUUUAAUGACGAUGUUUGAGGAGCCCAUGGUGAUGAAGUGGAGCAAGAACUGACAGUCGAAGUCGUGGUGAUGGUGAAGUAUAGACAUAACCUGUUGAGGGAAUUCCAGAAAAAUUCACUUUUUUUUUCCACAGCUAUUACACUAUCUCAAAAUAGCUGUUUUUUUUAUGCACAUUAAUUCAGGGUUAAAAAUUUAUACUUACAAAGUGUAUUUGUCACUUUCUAAAGUGAAAUACCUUUCUUCCUGUGGCUAAGGAGUUAAAUAUAGUUCAUGUACUUGAAUUGAUUACCAUUUUAAAUAAUGUUCAGUUUUUUAUUUACAUGUUUUGGCUCACUCAUUGCCCAUCAAUACAUGUACAUACAUGUACACAAAUACAUAAACUCUUCUAUGCACAUGAUUGGUACUCCAUAUCUCCACCCCUAUGGUGAAGUUUCUAUUUUGCUGCUGUUUUUU